AUGCAUGGACUAACGGAUCACAUCAUUCGCAUCCUCUCCCAGCACUGGAUAGCAGUGUCUCUGACAGUUCUGGUGCUGUGGCUAGCCAAGAAUCGAUAUCACAAUGGCCUCAACAAGUAUCCAGGUCCGCUAUUAGCUUCUUUCACAGACUGGUGGCGCUUCGUGGAUGUCUAUGGUCGAAGGCCAGAAGUCACCCAUCGUGCUCUUCAUAAAAAGUACGGCGAUGUUGUUCGUCUUGGCCCAAAUACUUUGUCUUUCUCAGAUCCUCAAGCGCUCAAAUCGAUAUAUGGCUUGAAUAAAGGGUUUAUCAAGUCUGAAUUCUACGUUGUCCAACAAUCCAUUGCUAGAGGCCACCGCUUGCAGUCAUUGUUCAGUUCAACAGACAAUGAUUUCCAUGCGAGAUUCCGCCGUUGCGUAAACUCGGCGUUCGCCAUGUCAGCAUUGGUCCAAUAUGAGCCCUUUGUCGACAAUACAACCAAGUUGUUCCUGGAACAAACAAGAAAAUUUUAUGUCAACAACCCCAAGGGUUGUGAUUUCACUCAAUGGUUGCAGUUUUACGCCUUUGAUGUUAUUGGAGAGAUCACGUACAGCAAAAGACAUGGCUUUGUGGAAAAGAACAAAGAUAUUGACGGUAUUGUGUCAUACCUAUCGUGGCUAUUCCUCUAUGUUGCGCCGAUUGGUCAAAUCCCUUUCCUUGACCGGCUUCUUCUCAAGAACCCAAUCUACCUCAAGCUCUCUCAAUGGGGCUUCAUCGAUGCUACCUUCCCCGUGGCACGGUUUGCCAGCAACCGCAUGGCUGAGAGACUCCCAGAGCUUUCCAACGGAAAGUCUGCGUCUGAUCUCGGCGUCAAGUCGCCAGACCUGCUCUCCAAGUUCUUGGCCGCUCACGAAGCCCAUCCAGAAUUUAUGAGCCAGACUUUAGUCCAGACCAUGGCUGUAAGCAUGGCUUUUGCCGGUUCCGAGACCACGGCUAUCAGCCUUUCAGCGGUAUUUUACUUUUUGCUCAAGAAUCCUGAUGCGUUGAAGCGGCUGUUAAUUGAAAUCGAUGAUGCGGCUCGCGCUGGUGCCUUUGGAGACUCUGAGACAGGACUUGUCACUUGGCACGAGAGUCAGCGGCUUCCUUACCUGGAUGCCUGUAUAAAAGAAGCUUUCCGGUUACAUCCUGCUGCAGGACUUCCCCUGGAACGUAUUGUGCCGCAACAAGGGGCAGAAAUUGCCGGCCAUUUUGUUCCUGGUGGCACAAUUGUUGGCUGCUCGGCCUGGCUGAUCCAUAUGAACAAGAGUAUAUUUGGUGAGGAUGCAGAGGUCUAUCGUCCCGAGCGUUGGCUCCCAGACGAGGAGCUUAGCAAGACAGAAAGUGGUAAGGAUGCUGAAGAUCACCGCAUCAAAGAGAUGAAUGGCACGAUGUUCCAGUUUGGAAUGGGCAGUCGGACCUGCAUUGGGAAGAAUAUCAGUUUGCUUGAGAUCUACAAGCUCGUGCCCAGCAUGUUGAGACGAUUCGAGAUCCAAUUCCAAGAUCCUUCUCAGGAAUGGGAAUUGAUUAACGCAUGGUUCGUUAAGCAAAAGAAUUUUACUACAACAUUCAAGCUUAGGGAGAUUGUGAAACCAGAGGGCGAAGCCUCUUGA